UCUCCUACAUCCUCUCACUCACACUUUUCUGUCGCUUUCUAACACCUCUCUUACACGACAAGACACCUACUGAAAGAAAACACGCCGACACAUGUAUCUACUCUCCUUUUCCCACACUGUAGCCCGUCAUGACGUUGUAAGGAAAAGUUUCUGACAGCUUCUUUGUUGGAGUGACAGGCUGCUGAAUCUCUGUGGAUUUGGGUUGUGGAACUGGAGCCCUUUUUUUUUUCUUCUCUUUUCUUCCCUUUUUGUCUUUCGUAUCAUAAAUGGGUGUAAACUGCUAGGACCCGUUUCUCCCAGUCUGAAGUGUCUGCAAGCGCUGCAGAGACGGCGCUGAUAUAUCCCGUUUUUCCCCUCCACUAUCCCGGGCAGGAUGAGAACCUGGAGGCGGCGGAGGAACUUUGUCUUUCUGGUCUUGACGCUCCGCAUCUGCUGCCUUUCCACCGCUCAAGUACAUCCAGACACACAGGGAAGUAGUCCGGAUAAGACAGAGCUGCCCGGGGACGUAACCCAUCCACAACGCUAUGAGACAACCGUACCUCUGCUAGUGAAGGGCGACGACCGCAGACCUUUCAGCCAGCUCCCGUCUGCGAUUUACCCUGCGUCACUGCAGCUGGAGGUCCUUGCGGAAGGUGAACGCCUGCUCCUGGUGCUGGAAAAGAACGAGGUCCUUUUUGCAGGCCACUACACCGAGACGCAUUACAGGGAGGAUGGCAGUGCAGUCACCGGUGCUCACAACUUCACGAAUAACUGCUACUAUCAUGGGGAAGUGGAGGCACAUCCAAGCUCUGAUGUUACCGUCAGUGUCUGCUCGGGCCUUCGAGGCCUCAUUGCACUUGAAAACAAGACACUUUUCAUCGAGCCCGUCUCCGGCCGUGACACGGGGUCCCACUUCAUCUACCGAGUGGAAGAGCUCAGACUGGCCCCGGGGUCCUGUGGCCACGGCUUCAACGUGUCCUCUGUCACCGCUGAAAACCACAUCAAAAGCCCCUUCCAGUCCUUCCACACACGGCACAAAAGGCACGUUCAGAAGACGACCAAGUACGUUGAGCUGAUCAUCGUAGCAGACAACAGAGAGUUUCAGAAACAGGGAAGGGACGUGGAGAAAGUCAAACAGAGGCUGGCUGAGAUAGCAAAUUAUGUGGACAAGUUCUACAGGGCCCUGAACAUCCGGGUGGCUCUGGUGGGUCUGGAGGUGUGGAGCGAUGCCGACAAAUGUCCCGUCACUCAAGAUCCCUUCAACACCUUGCACGAGUUCCUGGACUGGAGGAAAGUGAAACUGCUGCCCCAGAAACCCCACGACAACGCUCAGCUUAUAAGCGGGGUUUACUUCCAGGGCACCACCAUUGGCAUGGCGCCCAUCAUGAGCAUGUGCACCGUGGAGCAGUCAGGAGGCAUUGUCAUGGAUCACUCUGAGAACCCACUGGGUGCAGCCGUGACUUUAGCACACGAGCUGGGACACAACUUUGGCAUGAACCACGACACCCCGGAGCGCGGCUGUGGCUGCAGGAUGACCGUGGACCGCGGAGGCUGCAUCAUGACGCCCUCCACUGGGUAUCCAUUCCCAAAAGUGUUCAGCACGUGCAGCAAAAAGGACCUGGCGGCCAGUCUGGAGAAGGGCGUGGGGAUGUGCUUGUACAACAUGCCGGAGGUCAAGGUGCUGUACGGAGGACAGAAGUGCGGCAAUGGCUACGUGGAGGAGGGAGAAGAGUGUGACUGCGGGGAGCCGGAGGAAUGCAUGAACCCCUGUUGCAAUGCCACAACAUGCACCCUCAAGGGAGAUGCUGUGUGCGCCCAUGGACAGUGUUGCGAAGACUGCCAGCUCAAGCUGGCUGGCACCAUGUGUCGGGAGUCCAGUAACUCAUGUGACCUGCCAGAGUUCUGCACCGGAGCAAGCCCUCACUGCCCGGCCAACGUUUAUCUGCAUGAUGGACACGCUUGCCACAAUGUCGAGGGCUACUGCUACAACGGUAUCUGUCAGACUCACGAGCAGCAGUGCAUCACCCUGUGGGGACCAGGAGCCAAGCCCGCCCCUGGGAUCUGCUUUGAGAGAGUCAACUCUGCAGGUGAUCCUUAUGGAAACUGUGGGAAAGACUCCAAAGGCUCUUUUGCCAAGUGUGAUGCAAGGGAUGCAAAAUGCGGUAAAAUCCAGUGCCAGGGCGGAGCUAACCGGCCGGUGAUUGGAACUAACGCAGUGUCCAUUGAAACCAACAUCCCUCUGCAAGAAGGGGGCCGUAUUCUGUGUCGAGGGACGCACGUUUACCUGGGCGACGACAUGCCGGACCCUGGACUCGUCCUGGCGGGAACAAAAUGUGGAGACGGCAAGGUGUGCCUAAACCGGCAGUGCCAGAACGUCAGCGUGUUUGGCGUGCACGAGUGCUCCGGGAAGUGCAGUGGACGUGGGGUGUGCAACAACAAGAAGAACUGCCACUGCGAGGCACACUGGGCCCCUCCGCUCUGUGAGAAGGCAGGCUUCGGCGGCAGCAUCGACAGCGGGCCGAUGAGACUGGCAGAUGUGCGUGUGUGUGUAUUAAUGUGCGUGUUGUCAUAUAUGGCAUCAGCCGACAGCCUGUCUGUUACUGUGGCAAUCCUGGUCGCCCUGGUCGGCCUUCUGGUGGCCUCCGUAAUCAUCUUUUUGAAGCGGAAGACUCUGCUGCGCCUCCUCUUCACUAGUAAGAAGAGCACGCUGGAGAAACUCAGAUCCGUGAAGCCAAACAAGCCCUCCAGCCCCAUCAGGACUGAGUCCAUGUACAAGCCCACGCCGCGGCGCAAACCUCCGCCCAAACCGUCUGCAGCAAACAUGUAUAAGCCAUCUCUCCUGAGCGCGGAGCCUCUUCUCCCUUCGCACCACUUCCACUCCCACAGCCUGCGCCGGCUGCCUCUCUACCAGCCGCUGCACAUCAGCCACCCCAUGCCCGUGUCUCUGAGCGUGGGCCAGCCCACGCUGCCGGCCGUGCCGGCGGGGCCGGCCCACCACCGCCGGGUCCUCCCCGCCCACGCCUCCCUCUCACCACCACCAGUGCCACCUUUCUUCAGUCUGCCACGGCUGCAGCCAGCGUACCGGGUGGACCAGGACUUUGAGAAGCCCAGCCCGCCCCAGAAACCUCUACCUGCAGAUCCGCUGGUGCGGAGCUCCCGGGUGGGUCACAGUGCAGCCACGGUGGGGGUUCACAUCCCUGGAGCCGGAGCCCUGCCCAUACCCAUCCCCACCGUUCCCAGGCCUCAGCCCGCCGUCCCGUUACCCUGCAGACCUGUGCCGUCGUUGCCCUACAGACCACCAAAGACUCACCAGGACUGCUGAGCUGCAGACAUUACGGAUGAGUGCAUCUCUUUAAGAAGAAAAAAAAUUAGAAAAAGGACGAAGACUUUGUUGUAUUGCACUAAUUACUGAGACUCUGUUCGACCUUUUGGACAGCAGGACACGCCACAGAGUUCCCAGUAAUAAAAAAGAGGGGCUGCCAUCACACUUCGGUGCAGUGCCUCUGAAAGGUGCUUUGUUAUCCUCGCUCAGGUACCAAUGAACUAUUUAUUUAACUAUUUAACUUCAGUGUUACCAGUUUGCGUGUACAGCACUCUGAUGAUGGAACAUUUUAGAGAAGAAAGCAACAUGGUGUCAUUUUGGAGAUUUCUUUUACAUUCUUUGUUGAUUUUUUAAUACUUUUUUCUCAAGUGAAAUGCUGAAAUAUAUUAUCUUUUCUAUAAACUGUGCUUGAAAUAGCGGCGCAUUAAAAAAAGUUGGACUUGGAUGAGGAUAAGGGAAAUGGAGCACAAGUCAGCAUGUAAACUGUGGCUCAAUGAACAGUGUUAUUUAUUUAGUUUUUCAUAUUUUACGAUGUCUUCAAUACCAAAUACAUUCUCUUUAUCCUUGUUGCCAUGGUGCUAAAAAACUAAUAUUGUUUUUCCCAGAAACCACAGCAAUUUUCAUGAUUCACCUAAAAGCUGGAAGAAAAUAAUUUUAGCCUUUUUAUUUUGUAUAGUUUUCAUUUCAUUUGAUUACUCUGAUUUGCUCAGUUUACAGUCAUGAAAUGAGGUUCUUUGAGUCCUUAUAAGUCCACUUUCUUCACUCACGUCAGGCUGGCUCUGAUGUACUGCUCAGGGCAUGUGUUAAACAUGCUUCCCUGAUGCUGGCAAGCCUUGCUAAGUGUCAAUAGAUAUGACGGACUGAUCGUGUUCCAGAGGAUUACACCAACACCAAAUAAUUCAACAUUAGCACUGGUGUUUGUAUGUUUAACAUUCACGCUCACUUUGUCCUUGAGUGUGGGAGCCAAGCUGGAUGACUUAAGCACUGUGAGCUUUCCAAGCUCCUCCUCAUCCUUUUUUUUUGUCUUUCACAACAUUCCUAUUUGAUUUUGCAUGAGCUCUCUGUUCAUCUGUGCUUUCACUGCAGUGCUCAUUUGAUUCAGAGCCUGGUACUGCACUUAGUGGAAUUUUUCUUCACGAUAUUUUUGAUGAUCCAAAUGUGCUCUGCAAAGCCAGUUUCCUUACAUUGUGUUUAUGUACAAAAUGUACUGGUGAUGCUUUUCUUGUUUAGAAACUGUUCAGAUGUGUUAAAAAGUCAGAGUAAUGGCUCUCCCCUGGAAAAUAUUUGUUAUAGCUGCGUGUGUUAUCCGUUAAAUGUUUAUGCCAUUUGUAAAUCCUGUACUAUGUUUAAAACCAUUGCAAAGUGUAAAUAUUGUACGUCAACUAUUAUUUUUCUUCUGUCUUUGUUCUUGUUUUUUUUUUUGUUUUUUUUUUACAAGCACAGAAAUGUAAGAGCUGUUUUGAGGCUGUGUCCCAUUUACAUUGGGCAAUGAAAACAGAUUUUUAACAUUUCAGACCAACACUAUUACUUGUAGGACUUUGAGGUUUCAGAAUAAUUCAGAGAUGAAGUCAGAGCCAAAUAAA